AUGUUUAGUGUUGAGGAUGAUCAUGCAUUCUACAUUGUCGAUCUCGAGAAUCGGACUUGUAGUUGUGCUCAGUUCGACUUGGAUGACAUUCCGUGUCGUCAUGCUUGUGCCGCUAUUAGGCGUGCAGGACUGCAAGUCACAGAUUUUGUUGGAAGAUAUUUCAAACAAUCUGUGCUGUUGGCCACAUAUAUGGAGCGUAUUGUUCCCGUUCCACAUCCUACGUAUUGGAAUGUGCCCGAUGAGAUAUCAGCCUAUGUUGUGAAACCCCCGGAUAUCACGGUCCAUGCGGGACGACCGAAGUUGAGUAGGGCUCGUUCAGCAGUUGAGGGUCCUCCUAAUUCGGGUCUUCCUAAUUCUCGACCUCAAUUGUCGGCCAUAUCUUUCAAACCUUUGUCUAUAUCAUUAUUCAUUCUACUGAUUCUCUCUUCUAAAAUAAGAAAAACAAACGCUGCACAUCUCUUUCUCUUUCUCACAACACACUCACACACUAUUCAUCAUCUCUCUCUCAUCCUCACACGCUCGCCCCUCCCAUCUGCCCUCUCUUUCCAUCACGUUUCCGGCAGCCUCUUCUCCCUCCAAGAUCUGCCGCCGCCGCCUGCUCUAACCUCGGCGAGAAUCGCCGGCUCCGACGCCUCCCUCACUCAUCGCCUCCUCCUUCUCGCCUCAACCUCUAUCUCUCUCGCUCUCUCGGCCGCUGGACCCAGGCGCAGCAGCCACCACCACCGCGGUGUGCCGCCAUCGCCGGGCCGCCGCCUGCUCCCUCAUCCUCGCGGCAGAUCCGCCGCCGUUGGCUUGCCCGGAGUCGCCGCUGGCUGGCCCGCGAUCGACGGCCAGCAGCUCGCUGGAGGAGCGCCGCCGCCGGCCGCUGCUGUUGGCAGCAAGAGCCCGGCAGCCGCCUCUCCCGGAGCCGCCGUCGCCGUGAGUCGUCGGAUUCGCUGUGAGGAGCCGAGCACCGUCUCACAAAGAUCGGAGACAACGGCAGGUUCACCGCCGCCGCUCCGUCGCCGGCGACGAGCCACCGCGGCUGCCGCCUCCCUCUGAUUUCGACUCACACACACAGUAGGUUCAAGCCACAAUUUAGUUCACAAAAUAGCAUAGGAUUUUGAGCAGAAAUCAAAUACUGUAAAUGCUUAUUGAAAUCUGAAAUUCUUUUCUUGAAACUGAACUAGUCUAUAAAUUUCAGUUCA